AUGCCCGGUGCGCUGCUGCUGCUGCUGCUGCUGCUGGCGCUGACCACCACCGGAGCUGACCCUCUGCGCAGCGCCACCCCUACCAGCUCCACCUCCUCCGCCGCCUCCUCCUCCACCGCCGCCACCUCCGCUCCCUCCGCCACCGCCGCUGCCUCCUGCGCCUCCACUGCCGCCACCUACACCUCCACCCCCGCCACCACUCCCACCGCCACCACCACCUCCUCCACCACCUCCACCGCCGCCUCCACCGCCCCCGCUAGCUCCUCCAGCGCCCCUGCCCCCCUUGCCCCUGCCAGGGCGGCGUCUCCCGCUAGGGGUAGACGCUGCCCCAACCGACUCCAAACCAGCAAGGUCGGCCGCAGCAGCAGAGGCAACAGAGGGCAAAAGAGGGGAGGGGGAACACCCCUCAAAGAUGGGGGUGCGAGGGUCACCACGAGAGGCUCCUACAGCGACUAUGCUCUUUUCUGCUGCUAG